GCCGCCGCCCGCAUCAGAGCCCCAGCCACCCCGCGCCAGCCCGGCAAGCCGCGCGUCCAGACCCCUGCGCCCGCGGAAGCACCCCCAGCCUCGGGCCAUUGCCCGGGCGGACGCUGCAGCCCUUCCUGGCCUCUUGCUUGCCACCCCCAUGAGAAAAACCAACAUGUGGUUCUUGGAGCGGCUUCGGGGGACUGGGGAAAAUGGAGCCGCUCGGGGUGUGGGGGGUGAGUCAGGGGACAAGGCCUCCAAGGGGCCCCUGUACAGCAACGUGCUGACACCUGACAAAAUCCCUGAUUUCUUCAUCCCCCCCAAGCUACCCUCAGGCCCCCCCGAGGCCGAGGGACAGGCCACACUUGGCCCGUCCACAUCGGAACAGAACCUGGCCUCAGCUGUUCCCCGCCGUGCUCCCCGGAGCCCUCGGUUGCCUGCCAAGCUGGCAGCCGAGAGCAAGAGCCUGCUGAAGGCAGCUACCCGGCAUGUGAUUCAGAUCGAGAGUGCUGAGGACUGGCCGUCUGAGGAGGCCACCAAUGCUGACCCACAGGCCCAGGGUGCCAUGUCCCUGCCCUCAGUGCCCAAGGCCCAGACAUCCUAUGGCUUCACCACGCUGGCUGAGAGCCCUCACACACGUCGCAAGGAGUCUCUGUUUCACAGUGAGCAUGGGGCACUGGCCCAGGUGGGCUCCCCAGGCACUGGGCGCCGUGGGGCAGGGGCCAAGGCCAAUGGGGCUGAUGGGGGGUCCAAGGAGGCUGGUGGAGCCCUCAUGAACCCCAGCCGCUACUUCAGUGGGGGAGAGAGUGACACCGGGUCCUCCGCCGAGUCCUCCCCCUUUGGGUCCCCUUUGCUUUCCCGGUCUGUGUCGCUGCUCAAAGGCUUUGCCCAGGACAGCCAGGCCAAGGUGAGCCAGCUCAAGCAUUCUGUUGGCCGCCAUGGCUCCCUGUCCGCUGAUGAUAGCACGCCAGACACCAGCCCUGGUAUCCGGCGCCGCCUGACCCGCCGGGCCACCCCAGAACCAGGCCCUGAGUCUAGUCAGGUGCCUCGUGGGGAGCACACCAUUCGGAUGGGCCCAAGGGGCAGCCUGCGGCUGCUGGCUGAGUAUGAGGCGGCCCAGGCCCGCCUACGGGUGCGCCUGCUGGCUGCUGAGGGCCUGUACGACCGUCUCUGUGAUGCCCGCAGCAUUAACUGCUGCGUGGGCCUGUGCCUGGUCCCUGGCAAGCUGCAGAAGCAGCGCAGCACCAUCAUCAAGAAUAGCCGCCAUCCCAUCUUCAACGAGGACUUCUUCUUCGAUGGCCUGGGGCCGGCCAGUGUCCGAAAACUGGCCCUGAGGAUCAAGGUCGUCAACAAAGGCAGCAGCCUCAAAAGGGACACGCUGCUUGGGGAGGAGGAGCUGCCUCUGACCUCCCUGUUGCCAUUCCUGUAGGGCCUCCCACUACUGCCCCUCCACACUGCUUCCUGGUGGGCAGGUCCCGUAGGCUUGGUCAGCCACUGGGGAGGUGGGUCCAAACUCAGGCUGGGCUGGGCUGAGCCCUGAUGCUGCAGCUAACAUGGGUUUCCUGGGUCAUUGGAAUAUGAAUUUUUCUGAAUUGAAUUUUUCAGAGGAAGAGGAGGAGAAGGGCUUCUGGGGCAGAAAAAAGGCCAGUUUGCAGGUCUGAACACCCACCUUUGUCCCUAGACACUGUCUUACCCCUUGACUCAGAGUUCUGGAGAGAGGUUCUCAGGGAUCUGGGAAUCUGGGCAAGUGCCUGAGGCAGGGUAGGGAUGGAGAGGCUGCAGGUUGGGGAACUGAGCUGUGGCUUCCUUCCCCUUUGUUGUGAAUGCUAUUCUCUCCAUGGCCUUGCUGCUGCUCUAUUCCAGCCAGGUGCUUGGAGAGAGCAAGUCCAGGCCCAGGCUCUGCCUAAGGGGUCCCAGGGCUGGGAGAGGGGUUCCUGCCCUGGGGUCUGGCUGAGAGGCAUCAGAUGAGGGUGUCCACCCAAACUGGAGGGCUGAAUACCUGCCCAGACAAAGGUGAAAGAGAGCUGCCCCCAGGCUCCCAGCAGAGGAAGUCUUGGAAGAGAAAAUGAGGGCAACUUGCUCUGGCUCACUGGGGAGCCAGGCAGCUCUCCUACCACUGUUUUCCUCCAGCACUGUCUCUGCUUGAUUUCGGAUGCAGGCCUGCCUGGCUACUCUCACUGCAGCAUCUGGAGCCACCCUUGCCUGAAGGUCUUGCUCUGAGGUCCUCAGAGACCAGCCUAAAUUCCCCAUUGCUCCCAUCCACCCUACGGCUCAGAGCCCUUGGUAGCUGUGAGUGCCCCCAUCACUGACUCCCACAUGUGUAACUAGGUUUGGGUACUGGCAGGUGGGAUCACAAAAGGACAGCUGAGGAGACCCUGGUUGUGGCUUUUCAUGCUGCUGGGCAGCUGCGUGGGCUCCAUUGUGUUGUUAUGUGGGUCCUUGAAUGAUUUUUGUGGGGGUUUUCUGGCUCAGAAUGAAUCAGAAAUGGCACAAUUCAAAGCAGGGGCUCAGCCAGACCAGAGCCUGUGCCUCUCCCUGGCUGCCUGCUAGGCCCGUUGCACCAGGCACAUUGUGGCAUCCUGGGACAUCCCUCCCUGUGCAGCAUCACCCCCUUUGCCAUGCUGUGUCCCUCCUGAGUAGAUAUCCACCUCCCACCAGGAAGAGAGAAGGAGCCGGUCCCCUGAGGACUGAAGACACACCUGUACACCCUGCAUGUAGAAUGAGGGGCUCUUAGGGCUUCCCCUGUCUGUGCCUGAUGCUGUAGAGGCUCUCCCUUUUCUCUGAACCGUAGGAGCACCCAGGGCUAUGGUAUGUCAAGCCUGGGGCAGGGACAGCCGGGCCCUGCAUGAAGUUAGAUGCUUAGAACUUGGCACCACAGUCCCAUCUCUCCCAGCCCCUGUUCUCCCAGGGUCCCACAUUUCAUAUGCCCCUGCAGUGCUUGAUAUCUUUGUGUUUGAAGUUGACUGUGGAUAAAUCUUUAAGACAUCUCCCCAUGUGUUUGUUUAUAAAUGCUGUUUUUAGUGCAUUAAAGGUG